AAACAACUGACCGUAACAGAAGUAUUUAUUUAUUUAAUUUUCGUAAUUAAAAUUGACCCACCACCACGAAAUGACGUCACGUGAGCCGUCCAACCCUAGUUAAGGAUCUAACCGCAGUUACUUAGGGUCUGGCACUGCUAACCACACACACGCACAGUGCGUGUGCAGUGUAAAAGGAGACAGCCAAACCACGUUCUGUGAAAACCAAUACAAAAUUUUUUCACUCUCUCUCUCUCUCUCACACACACACACAGCACCACCGUUCUAGAGAGAGAAAGCAAACAAAUCAAGGCGUAUAUUUAGCUGUUCCUCGGGAUAUCGUGACGCCGUUUCUCUCUCUCUCUCUCUCUCUCUCUCUCUCAUUUACCCUCUCAUCUUCUCCUCUGUCUUCCAAUUUUCCGGCGGUGUUCUGAUCGGCCGACGGAUUUAUUCCGCCGUUUGCGGUGGUUUUCUGUCGAUAUAUUCUGGAGCUCGAUUUGUUGAUUAUAGAAGCUCUAAUUGAUGAUUUCGAGAUUAAUUGUCCAAAGGAGGAGGUUGUGAAUAUUGUUGCAGUGCAGUUAUGGCGAAUAGGUCUUCAUUUUCCCAGCAGCAUCAUCAGCCAAAUAGUGUUUCAACUGAAGGUAGUUGGGGGAAGGAUUCAUUGUAUGAAGAGCUAUGGAAGGCUUGCGCAGGUCCUUUGGUUGAUGUUCCUAAGGUUGGGGAAAGAGUUUACUAUUUCCCACAAGGUCACAUGGAACAAUUGGAGGCAUCUACAAAUCAGGAAUUGAAUCAGAGGAUACCGAUGUUCAAUUUACCAUCGAAGAUCCUUUGUCGUGUUUUCGACAUUAAGCUACAGGCUGAACAAGACACUGAUGAAGUUUAUGCACAAAUAACGUUGAUGCCGGAAGCAGAUCAAACUGAGCCAAGAAGUCCCGAUAGUUCUCCUGAUGAGCCUCCUAGACCUUCAGUGCACUCAUUCUGCAAGGUUUUGACCGCGUCUGACACGAGCACGCACGGUGGAUUCUCUGUCCUUCGUAAACAUGCUAAUGAAUGUCUUCCUCCAUUGGAUAUGAACCAGCAGACACCAACACAAGAACUGAUAGCCAAGGAUCUACAUGGAACUGAAUGGCAUUUUAAGCAUAUAUUUAGAGGUCAACCUCGGAGGCAUUUGCUUACAACAGGAUGGAGUACGUUUGUUACAUCGAAGAGAUUAGUUGCUGGGGAUUCUUUUGUAUUUCUGAGGGGAGAAACCGGGGAAUUACGUGUUGGUGUGAGGCGCCAUGCUCGUCAACAAAGCUCCAUGCCUUCAUCGGUGAUCUCAAGUCAGAGCAUGCACUUGGGAGUUCUUGCAACUGCUUCUCAUGCCGUCUUAACUCAGACCCUUUUCGUUGUUUAUUACAAGCCAAGAACAAGUCAGUUCAUCAUAGGCCUGAAUAAGUAUCUAGAAGCUUUGGACCAUGAUUUUGGGGUCGGCGUUAAAUUCAAGAAGCGUUUUGAAGGGGACGAUUCUCCUGAGCGGAGGUUUUCGGGUACAGUAAUCGGGGUUGAGGAUAUUUCUCCUCACUGGGAAGAUUCCAAAUGGAGAACAUUCAAAGUUCAGUGGGAUGAACCUGCAUCCAUUCAAAGACCUGAAAGGGUUUCCCCUUGGGAGAUAGAACCAUUCGUUGCCUCUAACCCCACUAAUACAAUUCAGCCACUCACAAUGAAGCAUAAAAGGCCUCGGCCACUUGUUGAAAUCCCAGUUCCUGAAACUAUGACGACUUCGCCUUUAUCACCUGCUUGGAAUCUGACUCAGGAUUCCCAUAAAAUAAAUCGUGUCUCUGACGGACUAAGGAGCAACCAUUCGACUAAUUCGCUUAAUAAGCAAACAGAUGCUCCUUCAGACGGAGGGCAACAAUUUUCUCUCCAAAUAAAUGCUUCUCCAAACAUGGCUGCUGCUGAAGAAACAGACGAGAGUAAAAGUGCUUCAGCUUGGUCUGUUAUUACAAACAUUUCAGCUCCAAGCUCAGGAAAACAGGGUAAUAGCCACAACAAUGAAGGGACAAAAUCAGAUACUAUUGCUUCGUGUCGAUUAUUCGGGUUCGACUUAAAACGACCUUCAGUAGUGACCCUUUGUGACAAUAAUUCACCUUUUAAAUCAGUUGAUGUGUCAAAUGAUUUACUGUGCUCGGGUGAUUCAGACCAGAAAUCUGGUGUUUCAAAGGAGCUAAAGCAAGACCAGUUACAAACAUUAUCAAAGGAGGUUCAAAACAGACAAAUCAAUUCCUCGAGAAGUCGCACUAAGGUACAAAUGCAAGGGGUUGCAGUUGGCCGAGCAGUUGAUUUGACCACAUUGAAUGGAUACAAUGAUCUCAUAAACGAACUCGAGGAAAUGUUUGAAAUUAAGGGGGAGCUUCGACCCCGUAAUAAAUGGGAAAUUGUCUUCACCGAUGAUGAAGGGGACAUGAUGCUUGUGGGCGAUGAUCCAUGGCCAGAAUUUUGUAACAUGGUUCGAAGGAUUUUGAUUUGUUCGAGUCAAGAUACGAAGAAAAUGAAAGCAAGCAAGCUACCUUUGCCGACUGCAGAAUGUGAAGCAACUGGCCUUAACUUGGAAUGCAUUGAAGAUUAAGAAUCGUUUUUUAUUAUAGUUUCGUCCGACGUUCCACGAAGAAUAUGCUAACCGAGUGGAAAUAUUAAUCCAGCUAGCCAAUGAUCGGAAAGAUUUAGCUUAAUUCCAGCCUUUGACUCGUUUUUUUUUCAGGUAUUGCCAAGACCGGACCAUGAUCUCGUGGUUGCAGGUAACGGAGUUAGAUUAGAAUCUGUGAAUAGUAAGAAGGGUGAAAUAUAGAUGAGAAGAAAGCCAUUCUCAUCUUUGUAUUUGUAUAUAUUUUAGUGUAUGUUCUUUUGGGAUGAAUUUCUAUGUAUUAUCAAAUGAGUGUGUUUAUUUAUUUAUUUUUAAAUGCAAAUU